UUUUCCUCUAUGUCUAACAUCAUUUAGCUUUCAUCUUCUCAUCUAUAGUUUAUAAUUUUCAUUUGUUUUUACCUAUCUUCUUUAGCCCUUCUUUAUCCUAUUAUUAAUAACUUUUAUUUGGAAGGGUUAAUAAUAUUCAUUCACCUUUAACAGUGUGUAUUGUGUGAAUAUUUUGCAUGAGGAAUAUAUCAGGAAGAAGAAGGUGAUUGUGUAAUGUGAAGUUUGAGUUAAUUGGGAUGGCAAGAACUUCAUUGUCAUUGUAAAAGAUUUAUUGGAUGUCUGUGCCUUAUUAGCUGUUUAGCCUCGAAUUUGAAUGCCGAUCACGUCGAAGAUUGUUCCACACGCGAUCGGCAUUCUUUUCUUACGAGGCAUUUACCAGCAUGCAAAGUUGUCAUCUUUUUCUAGGCACCAUUUGAAGAAUACGUUGCUCUCCUUCAAUUCCUGGCAGCUAGUACUGCUUUGGGUUGUCUUUGUUCUUCUUGUUUUCCCUUUCUCUUUUUAUUCCUUUGUUAUAUUUGUUUGGUUGAUUGCGGGAAUGAGUUUCGGGGGUGGAUCAGGAUCUUCUUAUCAUUCUGGAAAUGGAACUAUAGUUGGAAGCCCUUUGCGGCAUUCUUCGAGUAACAAAGGUUUUUUUGGUUCAUCUGCUAAUGAGCGACCGGUUCACCAAGUUGAUUAUAUUGAGAAAGACCCCAAGGGUCGAUAUGUUCGGUACAGUGAAGUGUUGGGCAAGGGAGCAUUCAAGACUGUCUACAAGGCAUUUGACUUGCUUGAUGGUAUUGAAGUUGCAUGGAGCCGAGUGAAAGUCGAAGAUGUUUUGCAGUCACCUGACAAUUUGGGAAAGUUGUAUGCGGAGAUUCAUCUUCUUCGACAAUUGAAACAUGACAAUAUAAUGAAGUUCUGUGAUUCUUGGAUUGAUGAUAAGAAGAGAACAGUUAACAUGAUCACCGAACUCUUCACAUCUGGGAAUCUGAGGCAAUACCGUAAGAAGUAUAGAACUGUUGAUAUGAAGGCAAUAAAGAAUUGGGCAAGGCAAAUACUUCAAGGGUUAGACUAUCUUCACGGUCAGAACCCUCCUAUAAUUCAUCGGGACUUGAAAUGUGACAACAUAUUUGUCAAUGGAAAUCAUGGAGAAAUUAAGAUUGGGGACCUUGGAUUGGCUACUAUUAUGGAGCAGCCUAUUGUUAAGAGUGUUAUUGGGACCCCGGAAUUCAUGGCUCCGGAGCUUUAUGAAGAAGAAUACAAUGAACUAGUUGACAUAUAUUCCUUUGGAAUGUGUAUGUUGGAAUUAGUAACCUUUGAAUAUCCUUACAGUGAAUGCAAAAAUCCUGCUCAAAUCUUUAAGAAAGUUAGCUCGGGUGUUAAACCUGCUUCCCUCGGAAAAGUUAGUGAUCCCCAAAUCAAAGGAUUCAUCGAGAAAUGCCUGGUUCCUGCUUCUCAGAGGUUGCCUGCCAAGGACCUUCUCAAAGAUCCAUUUCUUCAAUUUGAGAAUUUAAACGAGCCGAUCCAUAGUCUGUUGCAGUCACCUUACCAAAGUCCAAGAUCAUUAAGUUCAUUGAAAUCUGCACCUCAUUCAAUGGAUGUUGAUUCCGAGUAUAACCAAUCAGUAUAUACAGACUCCCAUUGUGGAAGUCCUUGUGCUCCGACUUUGGAAUUCCAGAGGUUUCAUCAGAAUAAUGAAUUUAAAUUGACAGGUAAGAAGAAUGACGAGAACUCAGUUUCAUUGACCUUGCGAAUUAAAAGCCCUUCAGGAAGAGUAAGGAAUAUACACUUCAACUUCUAUCUCUAUGCUGACACCGCACUCUCAGUUGCGGCUGAGAUGGUUGAACAAUUGCAACUAGAUGAUCAUGAUGUAGAUUUUAUUGCUGACUUCAUUGACUAUUCAAUAAUGAAAAUGUUGCCUAGUUGGAAGCCUUCUGAUUAUCACUCUAGUAGAGGGAGAAGUCAAAGAGAAGAGGCUCUAGAGAAUUACCUAACCUCGUCGCCCAUCCCUCCCACAUCUAAUGCUCGACAAGAUAAUAUUCCGGUUCUCAAUAUGAACAACCAAAUUAGCAGUACUUCAAAUGGCACUUCUUGUCAUGUUACUUUUGCUUCCCCUUCGCAUUUGGCAAAUGUGAUAGAUGAAGAAUCUCAAGGUUCAGUUGCUUCUGAAGUUAUGGGAAAAAAUUCUUCUCUAAAGAGUUCAUUUGGAUUUGGAGAUUACUUUACAGAUGUAGUUUCUAAAGGUUCUAGUGGAAACUUAUCGGAGAUGGAUUUCAUGGGCUUGUUUCAUGAUGAAUGUAAGUCUCAGGGAAACGUUGGGGAUUAUGUAGAAUGCAUGGAAUUUGGAAAGAAUAUGGAAGUGACCUUAACGGAUACGAAUGGAGCUUCUAAAUGCAUGAGUUUGUCAAGCAGUUGUUCAUUUUUAUCGUUAGUAGAGAAAGAUGAGGACACUGAGUUAAAGUUAGAGCUUGACACAAUUGAAUCACAAUAUCAACAAUGCUUUCAAGAACUCUCAAGAAUGAAACUGGAGGCAUUAGAAGCGUGCAGGAAAAGAUGGAGCACAAAGAAAAAGUUGGCAGGUAAUUGAAGGAGAAUAGCUGACGACUUCAUUCACAUUUAAGGUUUUUCUCUUUUUUUUUUUUCUUUCUUAAUUUAUGAUCACAUAUUCGAAUCCGUGAUGGAUUUUGGGAUUUUUUUUUUCAGACCUAACUUGCUUCAUACCCCUUUAUUUGUGUGGGUGAAGUUUAUAUGUACUUUGUAUAAAGAGUGUAUAUAGUCGUUUAGAUUUGCUGGUUUUUAGCCUUUUUAUAUAUUGUGUUCUUCUUUGGCCAUUGUUUGCCCUGUAUUUUCCAAGGAUGCAAAUGUUUUUGGAAUUGUUGACUUGUAAUAUAUGUUAGUAAUGCACUUUUAUUUCUUCGAGUAAUUUCUUAACUCUAGUAUGCUGAGGUUUGUUCAUGUUCUAUAUUUUA